GUGUUGAUUUUUUAACGUUUUAAAAAGCCAAAGUAACGUGUAAAAUGAUGAGUGAUGAUGACUGUUCCAUUUCUGAAACCCUCCCAGAACUCACGGAGGCAAUGAUCAUUGGAAUUGUUACCAAUAAAAUCUAGAAAUAAGUAUAACUAUGCAUACAACCGCUUCAUGGACUACCGUACGAAUAAAAAUGUAACUUCUUUCUCGGAAAAUGUUGUAAUGGCAUACUUCUUGGAGCUUGGUUCCAAGAUGAAUUCUUCAACUUUAUGGGCCAAUUAUUCAAUGCUGAAGGCAACCCUUGCAAUUAGAGAUGAUGUGGAUAUAUCUGAAUAUUCAAAACUUCGGGCAUUCCUGAAACAACAAGCACAUGCGUAUAAGCCAAAAAAAUCCAAGAUUUUAACUAAAGAAGAAAUAAACAAAUUUAUUCAGGAAGCUCCAGACAAGGAAUAUUUAAUGAUUAAGGUAGCUGUAAUAUUUGGAAUUUCCGGAGCUUGCAGAAUGGACGAGCUGGUUAAAAUGACUGUACAAGAUAUACAAGACCUACUAUCUAAACUUUUAGUUACCAUACCGGAUUCAAAAACCAAUACAUCAAGAUCAUUUAUAGUAAUAGUUAUUGUCAUACAAAUAAAAUUAUUAGUUUGGAAAAUAUUCAACAAAAUAAUGCUAUUAGUUCCCAAGUUCUUCCAGUUUUCAAUACUUGUACUAAUUGUCAAAUAACAGUAAA